UGGCGGCCUGGAUACAGGCUCACUGAUGCUUACAUGAUUUAAAUGUUUUUUCUCCAGAUUUCAAGUUUUAAAACGUCUGGUGGCACGAAUGCAUGUUUCGUUUUGGUUACUGCUAUCGUUUGGGUGCAGCGAUAUCAAAAACCGAGGGACUUGCAAACGGUAAGGGAUCAUUUGUGCAGGCGCAAGAAAAAAAGUUUGAGCAUCAUUAAAAAAAGAAAAAAACAUGAAGAGACAGGCCGAGCGGGACUCGAGUCCUGCGAGAGCAAUAGCCAAACGAAUAAGGGACAGGGAUCGGGACCGGGAUGGAAGUCGCAGGGACGACGGUCCGCCCGCACCCCUCGCUGCACUCCUCGCCGAGAGUCGAAAUUAUCACAAACACCAGGGUCGCAGUCGCAGCAGAGAGCGUGAGAAGCCCCGGCUUAGGGAGGAACGCGGCGCGGUUGGGGACCCGCAUCACCGGCAACACCAUCACGACCUUGGUGUGAUCAGCCGCCCCCCACUGCGGACUACAUCUGUGUUACCCAAAACGAGCAAGGCGGCAGCCGAGCUCCUUAGCACCCGAGGAGUUGGCAGCUUGGAAUACAAGACUCUGCUCAUUAGCAACCUGGGUUCCCAGCUACCUGAUGAGCAUGUGGAGGACGGACUGUUUCACGAGUUUAAAAAGUUUGGAGACGUCAGCGUUAAGCUCUCCCACACUCCCGAACUGGGUCGGGUCGCCUACGUCAAUUUCAGGCAUCCAGAUGACGCCAAGGAAGCCCGGCACUCCAAAGCCAGGUUAGUGCUAUAUGAUCGCCCCCUUAAAGUGGAACCCUUGUACCUAAGACGCCGCAGCUGCACGCCGCCUGAUGUGGGCUACGUGCCUUUGCAUGCUGCUUACCCUUACAGGCAAAGGUCCUUGUCUCCGGGCGCAGGAGCCAGUAACAUCAGAGACGCCAGGGCCAGGCACUAUGCUGUAGAGGGCCUGGGGUUAAGCAGGGAACGGGAGAGGGUAUUAGACUAUUAUGGUAUGUUAGAUGAAAGGGGGCGGUCCUAUCCCUACCAGCUAGCAGAGGAGGAUUUAAAGCCAGAGGAUGACCAGAGAGCCACAAGGAACUUGUUUAUUGGUAACCUCGAUCACAACGUGUCAGAGGGAGAGCUCAGAAGAGGCUUUGACAAGUAUGGGAUUAUCGAAGAGGUGGUUAUUAAGCGACCGGCGCGAGGCCAGGGCGGAGCCUACGCCUUCCUCAAGUUCCAGAACCUGGACAUGGCGCACAGGGCCAAAGUGGCGAUGCAGGGACGGGUGAUCGGGGGCAACCCGGUGAAGAUCGGCUAUGGGAAGGCCAACCCCACCACGCGGCUGUGGGUGGGCGGCCUCGGGCCCAGCACCUCCCUCGCCGCCCUGGCCCGGGAGUUCGACCGCUUCGGCAGCAUCCGCACCAUCGACUACGUGAAGGGGGACAGCUUCGCCUACAUCCAGUACGAGAGCCUGGACGCUGCGCAGGCCGCCUGCGCGCAGAUGCGGGGCUUCCCCCUGGGGGGCCCCGAGCGGCGGCUGCGCGUCGACUUCGCCAAGGCCGAGGAGGCGCGCGCCUACCCGCAGCAGUACCAGCCGCCUGUCGCCCUGCCGGCCCACUAUGACCUGCUGGCCGACGGGUACAGCCGGCACCGCAGCCUGGAGAGGGAGCUGAGGGCCCGCGACCGCACCCCCACGCGCCCGCUGUUCUCUGAGCGGGAGAGGGAGAGGGGCCUAUUGGACAGGGACUGGACCAGCCCCCCCAAGAGCCUGGAGCGGCGGAACAACGCGGAGGCGUCGGGGCGGGGCCGGGCCCGCAGCCGGAGCCGGGAGCGCUGGGCGAAGGAGCGGGAGGCGGAGCGCGGGCAGGGCAAGCCCUGGGAGGAGCGGCGAAAGCGCAGGAGCCCGUCCAGCGAGCGGCAGUUUGAGGACAGGGGCCGGCAGAAAGCGCGGGGGGCGGCGCUGGGGUCGCCAGACCACAGCCCUGACAGGCCCCGAGGGAGGCCCUCAGACCCGUCCCUGGAGCCCCGGGACUACACCCCCGACGGCAGCCGGCACUCGAGUGAGGACCGGCCAGUGCAGGAUGGGCACGACUCUUCAGCACCCCAUAGGAAAGAGCAUGAACCGGAGCGGAACCACCGGACCAGCGAUGGCGAGGCAGAAGCGCAGGCCAAUGAGUCCAAACCUGACAGCAAGAAGCCGAGCACGCUGUCGGAGUACGCGCAGACCCUGACCCAGGUGUGGCAGGGAGCCCUGGUCCUGAAGAACAGCUGCUUCCCCACCAACGUGCACAUGUUAGAGGGAGGCCCCGUCUUCCUCCACUCCCUCAUGAGGGACAAUCAGGCCCAGGGGGGCAAGAUCGCCCAGCUAAAGAUUGCACAGCGGCUGCGCCUGGACCAGCCCAAACUGGACGAGGUGACCCGCCGGGUCAAGCUGGGCGGUCCGGACGGGUACGCCGUGCUGCUGGCGGUACAGGGGACAGUUGACAGGGCGGCCCCCCCGCCUGAGCCGGGGCUGCAGCGGCGGCUGCUGCGUAACCUGGUCACCUACCUCAGAAACAAGCAGGCGGCGGGCGUGAUCGGCCUCCCCCUGGGGGGCCCAAAGGAGGGCGAGGCGGGCGGCAUGCUCUACGCCUUCCCCCCUUGCGAAUUCUCCCAGCAGUACCUGCAGGCUGCUCUCAGGACUUUGGGCAAGCUUGAGGAGGAUCACCUGGUGAUCGUGAUUGUUAAAGAUUCAGUCUGAGAAACAGUUGUUAACAGUCGUUGUGUCUUCUUCCUGUUGUGCCAGCAGGUUUAGAGGAUUGAUAUGCUCUUGGGGUUUAAAGGGCAGGAAAAAGAAACAUAAAGCUGGUGUUCCUGUUACAAGGGGAGGGCCACAGCAAUGCUGCUACAUUUUGUGUAACAGAAAGAAGAAAAUGAAAG